UUUGCGCUUGAGCUUGAGUAAGUCGGUGGUAAGCCGUGCUUGACGUGCGACGCGUCGCGGAAUUUCGAGGGAAAGGAAGGAAGCGGACCCCACGCACGUAUUACGCAAAUCCGUCAUGCCCGGACGCCCACUUUGGCAGGUUGCUGGUAAGCGCGAGGCAAGCCAGGAAGCUGAAGCCCAACAAUGGAUUGAGACCGUCGUUGGCGAGAGGUUCCCGCCAGGUUUGAGUUACGAAGAUGCUUUGAGGGAUGGCGUUAUUUUCUGCAAACUCAUGAACAAAUUGCAACCUGGCUUGAUCUCUAAGAUUAACACAUCCGGCGGAGAUUAUAAGAUGAUGGAUAAUCUUAAUCAAUUUCAGAAAGCCUGCGUGAAAUAUGGAGUGCCUGAUGUUGAUCUUUUCCAGGCUGUCGAUCUAAUGGAACGCAAAAAUAUUUCUCAAGUAACGAACACUAUUUUCGCCAUUGGACGAACGACGUAUAAGCACCCUGAAUGGCGCGGCCCCUGGCUAGGUCCGAAACCAGCGGAGGAGAACAAGAGAUCAUUCACGGAGGAGCAAUUAAGAGCCGGCGAGGGUCUCAUCGGUUUGCAAGCUGGAACCAAUAAGGGAGCUACUCAGGCUGGGCAGAGCUUUGGAGCUACUAGAAAAAUACUUCUCGGGAAAUAAUUUAUGAGCAUUGUAACAGGUUUCGUCACUAUUAAAAAUAUUGCUUUCGCAGAGCAGGAAAAUCUUUGAAAUUAUUACAUAGUAACGUUGAAUUAUAUGAGAAAUGUAUUUACCGAUCUAUAAUAUAGAAAUCAUGUUCAUUUAUGAAAGAACAAAUUACUUUUUAUAAUAUUUUUCAUUAGAGGCCGUUAACAUACAAAUUGUACCGAAAAAUGAAUGACAUAUUAAAUAAUACCAAUGAAUAAAUACUAGACGUAUUGUUUAAUUAUUAUUUACGUCUAUUAGCUCUAAUUCCAUCGUGAAUGUAUUUAACAAAAUGUAAUAUGAGUAAUAAAUAAUAUACCUACCGUCAGUGUACCAGAAA